AUGCUUGUAACUGGACUGUUUAUUCUUAGUGUUUUAUGUGGUCAAAAUGUUUCAUACGGCAAGAAACUUUUUUGUGGCAUUGAAGACUCCGACUGCCUUACAAAUAUUGCAAAAUACACGUAUGACGACAUGGUAAACGGUUGUCUUAAAGGUGUUCCAUCUUCGGAUCCUUUGAUUGUAGAUAUGAUUGAAGGACGUCUACCCACGAUGAAAUACUUUUUAUACAACGUUACUUUCUCUGGACUGGGAAAUUGUAUACCAGAACUUAUGAAAUUUAAUAAAAAUGACUCAACGCUUGUUUACAAUAUUGCCUGUAAACAUUUACUUGUAGAAGGUCAAUAUGACGUUCGGGGUCGACUAGAUUCAAUGUUCGUCAGAGGGAAGGGUGGUUAUAUUAAGAAUUAUUAUGACUACGCUUUUCUAUUCACUCUAGAAUUCGAUCAAUACUUUGACAAAAAUGAAAAAUUGCACAUUCACAUCAAAAACUAUAAUUUUAAUAUAGACCCAAGAGGAAAACUAGAAUAUAACUUCAAGAACAUGCUUAUCGGUGAUAGUGAAAAAUCUCUUGCCUUCGGCAAUUUUUCAGAUAAAAAUUUAGAGCUAAAGCUCAAUGCUGACAUAAAAUCUUCAAGCAGCGUACCAACAACAUCGAAAAUGCAACUUAAUGUAGUGUUCACUCUGUUACUGAUUUGCUGUCACAAUGUUUUAUGUUCAGUGAAAAUUUGUGACUUUGCAAACCCUGAAUGCACAACACUUGGUGCAUCGAAGAAGUAUGAAGAAUUUGUGAAUGGAUAUACAGAAGGCCACUCAUCUUCGGAUCCUUUAUUUAUAGAUGUUAUUCAAGCAGACACGACAAAUUUGAAGCAUACAAAAUAUAACGUUUCCUUAUCUGGAAUGCGCCAUUGCAAUACAGAACUUUUGAAAUUAAAUAUCAAAGAGAAGACAGGUCAAUAUCACCUCUUAUGCAAACAUUUGAUCGUAGAAGGCCAGUAUGAAGUAAAAGGUGAAAUAGGUUCUAAAUUGUUGGAAGGGAAGGGACAUUUUAAAGAAAACUUAUAUGAAUAUGGUCUCCUUUUCUCUUUUAAUUAUAAAAUAAACGUUGAAAAGACCGGGAGACAUCUUUUUCCUGAUCCAAUAACGGUUAAACUUGACCCUAGAGGCAGAGUGGAUUACAACUUCAAUGACAACAAUGAGCAAUCUAAAAACGGCCAUGGGAUUACUAAUGAAGAUUGGAAAAUAGUGGAAGAUUCUGCUCACUCAACGAUAAUGUAUAAACUCCUUGAUAUAUUUAAACAAAACAUAAGAGUAUAUUUAAAAUUGGUUUCUAUCGAACAUAUAUGGCAUUGA